AUGGCGGCGGCUCCCGUGGGCCCCGACGCCGAGCCGUGGUGCCCGUACAAGGUGCUGAGCCAGGGCCGAGGGGACGGCGGCGGCCGCCUCUGCUUCCGCCCCCCGGCGCGGGGCUUCCAGUGCGCGCCGCGGCGCUGCAAGGCGCACCGCUCGCCGGGGCGCGCCCUGGUGGCCAACGUGCUCCUCAACGGCAGCGUCCUCCUGCAGUGGGGCUGGCCGCCCGCCGGGGCCGGGGCCGGCCUGCGCGGCUUCUCGCUCGCCUGCUCGUGGGAAGGCGCCUACACGCGCUUCCAGUGCGACACCGUCCAGCUGGGCGCCUCCUGCCGGGACUACCUGCUGCCGGACGCGCACGGCAGCGUCCGCUACCGCCUCUGCUUGCGCGCCCUCUCGGCCGGCGCCAACGAGAGCCGCGGCCCCGAUCCCUCGCCCGGGCCCCCCGAGUGCGUGGAGUUCACCGUCGAGCCGGCCGGCAUGCGGGACAUCGUCGUCGCCAUGACGGCCGUCGGGGGCUCCAUCUGCGUCAUGCUGGUGCUCAUCUGUCUCCUGGUGGCCUACCUGACCGAGAACCUCACGCCGCCCCCGCCGCCGCCGCCAGCAAGGCCUCCGUCUCGGCCGAGAGGGCCGACGGAGGCGCCCGGCGCCGGGGCAAGACCUGCGGGGAUGCCGCCUGGGGAGGCGUGGUGACUCAGAAGGCAAGCCCCGCUGGGGAUUUUUACUCCCAGCUUUGGAACAGAUCCUUGCCCUGGGAGAGCUGCCUAAGGAUGUCUGCCUGCCAUAGACCUUUCUCAUCUGUUCUUCAACUAUAGGUUGGAGCUCUGACUCGGUAAACAGAUGGGAUGCUCAUCGCUUUCCACAGGGAAGCCUGUUCCACCGCUGGCACAAAGACCUGCAGCAUCCACAUCCGUCAAACGUAUGGCGCCUCUUCAUCCAUCCUGAAACGAGCUGUUCUGUCAGCCAGCUUCCCUCCACACCCAGACCGUAGAUGGAAAGGCAUCUUAAAUAGGAGAGACCACCGUGUCUCUAUCUGGCUGACAUCCGAUUGCUUAGCAUUUUCGUAACUGGCUUCAGAGAGUUACCAGCCUCUCGAAUUUGGUGAGAGAGGCUCUGAAGCGGAAGGCAGGACCCCAGAUCGGAUGUAAACGGGACACUCUGGGGUUUGAAGCAACCUUCUCAAAGUUUUCUGCACCGUCGGAGCAGGUUCCUGCUCGGCUGGGGUGGCAUCCAGCAAUACUGGCGUUUCAGUCGUGACUCUGGGUACGUUUUGUCCUUCAGACUUUGGUUGUCAGCACAAAGAGAUGGUUCUCUUAACAAAAA